CUCGCUUACACAGUAUGGCCGGCGGACAUUAGCUAGCGCUCGCUCUAUGCUCUUCUCUGUAAACGGGAACCAGCGGAGUAAAAGAGACUGAACAGCAUCUGCCUCUAUUCCAACACAGAACACGUUCAACUUUCCGCACGAGAGAAAAAAAAAGCCGGGAAAAAUUUUAUUAAUCUUUUUUUUUAAAAAAGUUAAUAUAAAAUUAUAACAAGCAAAAAAAAAAAAAGAACCACACGCACGCAAAAAACAAAAAAAAAAAACCUCCUGAACUUUAAAGAAGCAGCAGGAACAACCCGCAGCGGCGGAGGCGGCGGCGGGCGGGAGAAGAGAUUUAAUUAGUUGAUUUUCUGUGGUUGUUGGUUGUUCGCUUGUCUCACAGUGAUGGAAGCUGCACACUUCUUCGAAGGGACCGAGAAGCUGCUGGAGGUUUGGUUCUCCCGGCAGCAGCCAGACGAGAGCAAAGGCUCUGGGGAUCUCCGCACCAUCCAAGGUUUGAGUGGGGACAAACUUUUGGAGAAUGUGCAUUGUUUAAUCAUAAGUGUGACAAAAACUGACAAGCAGGAAGCUUAUGUACUCAGUGAGAGUAGCAUGUUUGUCUCCAAGAGACGUUUCAUUUUGAAGACAUGUGGUACCACCCUCUUACUGCAAGCACUGGUCCCCUGUUGGAGCUUGCUAGGGGAGUACAGUGGGUUGACUCAAUUCAAGUAAAGCUUCUUUUAUUCUCGUAAGAAUUUCAUGAAGCCUUCCCACCAGGAGUACCCACACAGGAAUUUCCAGGAAGAGGUAGAAUUCCUUAAUGAAAUUUUCCCAAAUGGAGCAGCAUAUUGUAUGGGGCGUAUGAAUUCUGAUUGCUGGUACUUGUACACUCUGGAUUUUCCAGAGAGUCGGGUUAUUAAUCAGCCAGAUCAGACACUGGAAAUUCUGAUGAGUGAGCUUGACCCAGCAGUUAUGGACCAGUUCUACAUGAAAGAUGGUGUUACUGCAAAUGAUGUCACUCGUGUGAGUGGAAUUCGUGACCUGAUACCAGGUUCUGUCAUUGAUGCUACAAUGUUCAAUCCUUGUGGCUAUUCAAUGAAUGGAAUGAAAUCAGAUGGAACUUAUUGGACUAUUCACAUCACUCCAGAACCAGAAUUUUCUUAUGUUAGCUUUGAAACUAACAUAGGUCAGACCUCUUACGAUGACCUGAUCAGGAAAGUAGUGGAAGUUUUCAAGCCUGGAAAAUUUGUGACCACCCUCUUUGUAAAUCAGGUAACCUAGUUCUAAUGUCGCACUGUGUUUUCUUCGGCCCAAAAGAUUGAAGGGUUUAAACGUCUUGAUCGCCAGAUUGCUCAGUUCAAUGAUUACAAUUUCGUUUUUACCAGUUUUGCUAAGAAUCAGCAGCAACAGCAGAGUUGA